UCCUCCUCUGGAAUGAAACACCCGCCCUAUGAUGUCUUUAUAAGUCAUCAUGGACAAGAUACUAAAAAAACGGUUGCCAAGAGUAUCUACAAGAAGGUAAAUGCUACUGGGCUGAGAGUGUUUUUGGACAAAGAUGAGCUUCAACUUGGAGAUUUUUUCCCUGGAACUUUAGAAGAAGCAAUGGCUAGUGCUUCACUUCACAUAGCAAUUUUUUCUCAGAAUUAUGUACAAUCCCCUUGGUGUUUAGCUGAGCUGACAUUUAUACUGGAACGACGCAAUAUAAAAUUUAUCCCCAUUUUCUAUCAUCUUGAGCCCUCUGAUCUAAGAUGGGCGGUUAAAGGAAAAGGAAUUUAUGGAGAGGCCUUGAACAAGCCUGAAAUGAAGAUCAGAAAUGGUUGAAAGCUGGAAGUUGGCACUCCAUAAAGCUUCCUUGUACACCGGCGAGAUAAUUAAUCACCAAAGGUAAGUACAAAAUAAUCUCUCUCCUUCAUUUAGCUUAUCAAAUCUUCCUUGCUCUGUUUUCUUAGGGUUGUGGUUAUACAGGGAAAGUUAUAA